AUGAAAAAAGAACUUUUUGUUCCAUCAAUUCAUGCGGAAUCAUUGAAUCCAAAAAUCCCUUUCAAAGAGUGCAAGCUGAAAGUGUGCCAGUCUGUUGAAAAAUGGUCACAAAAUGAGAAAGGGGAUAGAAUAGCUUCUAUUAAUUGCUUUGGAUUUGGUGGUACCAAUUCACAUGCAAUUAUUACAGAUUAUCAUAGAACAGGCACAAUGAGUAACCAAAAGAUGCACACUUGUCUGAGCUACAGAAAGUAUGUUAUUUUAUCUGCUGAGGAUUUGAUUGCACUGAACAAUUUAGCCAAACAACUGGUAGCAUCUCUGCAGAAUGAGUUUACUUUAGAAGAUAUUUCAAGUACAACUGUGCAUUUCAGAAAUCAUUACAAAUUUCGCAAAGUAUUUGUCGUGGAACAAUUAUCUGAAUUAGUCACAAAAUUGGACAACUUUGUAAAGGAAGACGUAAUUGUAAAAAGCAUAGGAAAAGACAGACCAAAAAUUAUAUUUGUAUAUUGUGGUGUCGGUACAACUUGGAGGAAGAUGUGUAAAGAGUUCAUAACACAGGAUUAUAUCUUUAAGAGAACUAUACAAGAUAUUGAUGAUUCGUUGCGUUCUCUGACGAGUGUUUCUGUAGAGUCUCUCUUUGAAAAUGAAGAAGAUAUUUCAGAUCCUCUGGAAAAUCAUCUUGCAAUUUUUGCUUGCCAGAUAGCACUUACAGAAGUUUGGAAACAUCUUGGUAUUUGUCCAGACACAAUCGUUGGACAGUCCGUUGGAGAAGUUGCUGCUGCAUAUGCAAGUGGAACACUUUCUCUUAAAGAUGCAGUGAGAGUUAUUUAUUUUCGAUCUCUUCAUUUAGCUAAUGAAAAUGCCGGCAAAAUGGUCGUUAUUCAAAACUGUCCCAUUGCAGUUAUAGAGGAAAAAUGCCUUAACCUCAAAUGCGGGAAGGCAAACAUAGCGGUAUAUCACAGUUAUCAUUCGUGUGCCGUUUCCGGUGACAAGAUUGCUAUCGAAGAAUUACAAUCACAAUUAGUUAGUCAUAAUGCAAAAAUGUUUCCGUUGAAUGUAAAAUGCGCAUAUCAUAGUCACUUAACAAAAGAAGCAAGUUUAAAAUUGGAAGAGACGUUGAGAGGACUUGAAUGGAAGAUCCCCAGCACAACAGUAAUUUCAACAGUUUCAGGAAUGUUGGUAGAUAAAACGUUUGGAUCUCCAUCAUACUGGGCGGCAAAUGUAUUUAAACCAGUUCUUUUUCGUCAUGCAAUACAAGAAGCAAAGUCAAUAAACACCAAUGCACUUUUUCUCGAGAUAGGACCAAGUCCGGUAUUGAAAGCGCAUUUAGCAAGCAUAUUUCUGAAAUCAGAAGAGGUGUCUCUCCCCUCUAUGAAGAGAAACAAUGAGAUUGAAAUUUUAAGAAAAUCGUUUAUUGAUAUAUUUGAAAAAGGCAUUCGAGUGGCUUGGGAAAAUGUUGUCCCGUGCACGAGCAACAUGCUUGCAAUUGGCAAAUAUCAAUUUAACAAGAGGAAGAAUCUUCUAAAAUCAGAGAGACUUAAAUGCUUGCUCAAUGGAGAGGAAGACAAUCAAAAUAACAUGCUACUUUCACGCAUUCCGGGAAGUUCAGAGCAGUUUAAAAUUAUGUUAAGUCAUGAAAAUACUCCCUUUGUCUAUGAACAUAUUGUAGAUGGAAGCACAGUUGUACCUGGUGCCCUGUACGGUGAAAUUGGACUAGAAAUUGGACAUUUCCUGGUUCCUGAGAGUGGAUUUACAGAAUUGGAAAUUUCAUGGUCUAUAAAUCGGGCUGUCUUAGUCAAAGACAGUGAAGAAUCUCUUGUCGUUAUCGCAAAACGAAAAAACAAUCAAGUUAUAUAUUUCGAGACUUAUCCUUCUGGAAAUAUGUCUCCGGUGUCUUCAGGAAAGAUAUCAAUUGCAAGAACACUGAAAGAACAGAUUAUUGAUGUUCAGAGACUAAUAGCUUUGCUAAAAACAGAGACAGAAUCUCGCAUCAUAUAUAUGAUAAUGCAACGUUUAGGAUUUCAACAUGGUCCCAUAUAUCAAACCAUCAAAAAAUGUGUAACUCGUGAUGAAGAGAUAAUCUGCGAAAUUUGUCUCUCAAAUGAACUGAUGAAGGAAAUUACAAGAACAUGCCUACAUCCCGUCAUACUAGACAGUAUGUUUCACUCAUGUUUUGGAAUUAAUGUCGAUAAUGGAAAGAGUCAAAAGGUUAGAAUUCUGCCCUUAAAAGUUCAUCAUCUGGUUGUGAGACAAAGACCAUCACAAUCUAUGAUAUGCUAUGCAACUCUUGUAAACGACAAUGCCACGAAUGCGAAAUUCAAUAUCCUCUUAUUACAAAAUAAUGGUAGCAUUGUAGCUGAAAUGAGGAAUUUUGAAGUGGAGAAAAUUAAUUCACCAGAGGCCAUACAUUCUUUGUCAUACCAUGAAACUUGGAAACCAGUUUCGCUUCAAGAGAAACCAGUUCAAGGAAAGGUUAUUUUCGUACUUUCUUGGAACUCAGAAUAUCUUUCUCUUAUAGAAAACACGUUUCGUAAGGAAUGUACGGAUGUGGAAAUAUGUUCCUUGAAUUUAACAAAAACACCUGAUAAUGAAUUCUCUACUCUCCAGAAGAAAGCUGAAAUGCAGAAAAUUUUUGUGAUAUUCGUCCCAGGACUUCCAGGAAUUGAUGAAAAUACAACUGGAAAAUGGCUUUAUGAUAAUGUUAGAAAGACAAGUCAAGUUUUUCUCGGACUUUUAAAAUCAAUUUACAAGAUGAAAUCGCACAUCUUGGUCAUAACUAAUGAAGCACAGCCUUGCAAAUCCCCUAAACCAUGCGUUAUUGGAGCAGAAUUAUGGGGUAUGGUUCGAGCUGUGUCGCAUGAAGGAACAGAACUCUCUUUCACUUUACUAGAUGUAGAUAGUCUGAGUGAAUUCUCCUUGAUGAAUAUUAGUAGAGUAAUUAUAGGACAAGAUGCAGGAAACGUUCAAGUUCCAAGUGAAUAUGCUAUCAGAGGAAAUGUCAUCUAUACAAACGAAAUCACAAAGCUACCUGAAAAUUUCCAUGCAAGUCUCUAUAAGCAAAGCUUCAGAGAGGCGUCUCAACCUGUUCGUAUAAGAAAAACUUUUGAGAGUGAUAAAUUAAAUUUCUUUGCCAUCCCUUGUUCAGUUGAAUGUAAUAACAUGCAAACUAUAUGUGUUCAACCAACACAUGCACUUACCUGUUCGGAAGACACUCUUUUCAUUUACAAUAAUAAUUCUCCUGAAUUAUAUUGCUCGGACGCCAAUAUCAAAGGAGAAGAAAUUCAAAUAUGUGAACUUCUCGGUUUUGCAAAGCUUGGAAACAAGAAUGUCGAAGUAAUUGCCUGCUGUCAGAUGGAGCUACAAACAGAAAUGAUGAUAUACAACGACUGUGUUUUUGUAAAAUCAAGUUUCGAAGGAUAUAAACUCGGAGAUAUGCAUGCUGUCAUCAUUGCUUUGUCUCUAGCUGAUCUUAUGAUGGUUACCUAG